AUGGUUUUUGUGCCUCCCUUGGCCUUGUGGUUGCGUCUGAGCCCGCCGCGGCAGCUUGACCCUCUUAGCGUUUUCUCGUUUCCUCGUCACUUGUGCACGCAGGCGAUGCCUCCAAGAGGUAGACGACACCGAGCUCGCAUUCCAGAGUGUUUAGAGAGGCCUCAGUACGAACGACACUGCAUAGGAGGCGUCAACUACCGCCUGCUGCGGCUCCCGGGGGAUGCCGCAGCUCUUAACAGAGCGGAGUGGAAUCCUGAUGAUUUCGAGGCGUAUGUUGAAGGCGGAGGUGAGAGGGGGUUAAGCGCAGCAGAAGCAGCAGAGAGAGAACAGCAGCAGCAGAGGCAGCAGCAAAAGCAACGAGACCGAAAAGAUAUAGACGCCAGCGACUUGUCAGUUUCUUCUUUCUCUUCUGAAAGCGAGAAUACAGAUGCUCACGAUAGCAGCUGUGAGGCAAUGAAUACAAAAGAAGAUGUAUCGUUGACAGCAGAGGAAAUACAGCAGCAGGAAGAUGCUCUUGAUGCUGAAUAUAUAGCUGCAUGCGGAGCAGCAAAAGAGGGAGAAAGCUGGAGUCUAGAUAUUCCUUUACCUGUAUCUAUAUUUCGUCGGUUAACACUAAAGAUAAAUUACAUAUAA